AUGAAUUUCCAUAAGACUCCAAGAGACGACGUGCAUACUGGGACACCGGGCUCUAGGGACAAAGCAAAAACCAAACGAAGACGCACCCGAGUGAAAAGCAAAGUGAAGGAAGAAAUCAAAGUGGAGAAGGAAAUUUUAGAAGAUCUACUCGAAGAAACCAAAGUGAAGGUGGAAAUCAAAGAAGAAGAGUCCAAAGAAGAACUACCCGAAGAAACUAAAGUGAAGGUAGAAAUCAAAGAAGAACUACUCGAAACCAAAGUGAAGGAGGAAAUCGAAGACGUAGAGUCCAAAGAAGAACUUUCCGAAGAAGCCAAGGUGAAUUGGGAAAUCGAAGAAGAAGAAGAAGAAGAAGAAGAAGAGUACAAAGAAGAACUACCCGAAGAUAUCUUUCGUAAAUUCGCUUGCGAAUUGUGCAACGAGAAGAUCUCGUCCAGCGUGGACUUCGCCCUGCAUUCGCGCAAGCAUUCCCAGGAUAAAAGAUACCAUUGCCACCACUGCGAUGGGAGAGACUUUAAAAGAAGCUUCAAAAGAGUAGAUGGAAUCCGCAAUCACGUGACGUGCGUCCAUGGUAUGGACCUAUUUCUCCAGUGUGACGUUUGCAACAUGCUAUUUCCAGAGACAAUCCAAGCUUUCGAACAUAAAAACUUUGAUUCUGGAAAGAUGCCGUAUCGUUGUGACGUGUGUCAAAAAUCUUUUAUGUACUCUUGGGACAAAGCAAAAACCAAACGAAGACGCACCCGAGUGAAAAGCAAAGUGAAGGAAGAAAUCAAAGUGGAGAAGGAAAUUUUAGAAGAUCUACUCGAAGAAACCAAAGUGAAAGUGGAAAUCAAAGAAGAAGAGUCCAAAGAAGAACUACCCGAAGAAACUAAAGUGAAGGUAGAAAUCAAAGAAGAACUACUCGAAACCAAAGUGAAGGAGGAAAUCGAAGAAGUAGAGUCCAAAGAAGAACUUUCCGAAGAAGCCAAGGUGAAUUGGGAAAUCGAAGAAGAAGAAGAAGAAGAAGAAGAGUACAAAGAAGAACUACCCGAAGAUAUCUUUCGUAAAUUCGCUUGCGAAUUGUGCGACGAGAAGAUCUCGUCCAGCGUGGACUUCGCCCUGCAUUCGCGCAAGCAUUCCCAGGAUAAAAGAUACCAUUGCCACCACUGCGAUGGGAGAGACUUUAAAAGAAGCUUCAAAAGAGUAGAUGGAAUCCGCAAUCACGUGACGUGCGUCCAUGGUAUGGACCUAUUUCUCCAGUGUGACGUUUGCAACAUGCUAUUUCCAGAGACAAUCCAAGCUUUCGAACAUAAAAACUUUGAUUCUGGAAAGAUGCCGUAUCGUUGUGACGUGUGUCAAAAAUCUUUUAUGUACUCCUGGGACAAAGCAAAACCCAAGCGAAGACGCGCCAGAGUGAAAAGCAAAGUGAAGGAAGAAAUCAAUGUGGAGGAGACAAUUUUAGAAAACCUUCUCGAAGAAACCAAAGUCAAGGUGGAAAUCAAAGAAGAAGAGUCCAAACAAGAACUACCAGAAGAAAAUAAAGUGAAGGUAGAAAUCAAACAAGAACUACUCGAAACCAAAGUGAAGGUAGAAAUCAAAGAAGAACUAGUUGAAACCAAAGUGAAGGAGGAAAUCGAGGAAGUAGAGUCCAAAGAAGAACUACCCGAAGAAACCAAAGUGAAGAAGGAAAUCGAAGAAAACGAAGAAAAAGAGUACAAAGAAGAAACACGCGAAGAUGUCGUUCGUAAAUUUGCUUGCGAAUUGUGCGACGAGAAGAUCUCGACCAGCAUGGACUUCGCCCUGCAUUCGCGCAAGCAUUCCCAUGACAAAAAAUACCAUUGCCAUCACUGUUAUGGCAGACUCUUCAAAAGAAGCUUCCAAAGAGUACAUGCACUCCGCAGGCACAUCACGAGCAGCCAUGGCGGUAUGGACCCACCUAUCCGGUGUAAGGUUUGCAAGAAGUCUUUUCCAGAGUGGAUCCAAGCUUUCGAACAUAAAAACUUUGAUUCUGGAGAGAUGCCAUAUCGUUGUGACAUGUGUCACAAAGUUUUUAUGUACUCCUGGUUGCUGUUUACCCAUUACAGACUGUUCCAUCCCGAGUCCAAGGUCCCGGAAGCUGAGCCGAGAUAUUACCUCUUUUAG